UUCAUUUAUCACAGUCAGAAAAUUUCUUUACAGUGUCAGCCAUCAAGAAUGUAGCAUGCGCAGCAGCAGACAAACCAGUGAAUGGAUACCUGCUGCCUGUAUAUGGUCCAGAAGAGGAGCUCAUAUUGGUAAACUACCGGUGCCAUCCACCUUUCAGGCUGAUUGGCAUGCAGCAGAGGACCUGUCUACCUAAUGGCACAUGGAGUGGCACUGCUCCCUCAUGUGUAAAAGGUCCAACAAGCCUGGUCCGGUGCGCUCCUCCACCCAAACUGCUCCACGGAUAUCACAGACCUGCUCUUGACUCAGCUGGAGGUGCUGAGACAAUUGAGUUUUUCUGUAAAACCUCCUACAUUUUAAGUGGAAACCACCAGAGUACCUGUCUCUCUAAUGGAUCCUGGAGUAGCAGGUCACCAAAGUGUGUUAGAGUCUGUCGAGAACCCAGAGUUUCUGAACUUGUACGGCAAAGUGUUGUGAAGCCACACCUAUUGCUAAGACAGCGUUCAGACCAGACUCACCUCUCAUCCAGAUACAGCAUGGAUGAUUUGUUGUCCGCUGGCUUUAUUCCACUAACAUCCGGUGGAUUGUCCAGAGAGAAAAAUGAUGACACCUCUUUGGCCGAGAUACCUCGAGGUUUUCACCCAGUCUACACUAGCAUCGACUACAAGUGUGCUUCACCUCUCUAUCGAAACAAAGGAAGCUCUCGACGCACCUGUCUGAAGACUGGAAGGUGGAGUGGGCACUAUGUUUCCUGCUCACCAGUUUGUGGCAAAUUUGACGCUUUCAGCAGACACAACCUCUCCGACGCUCAGUGGCCAUGGCACGCAGCCAUUUAUAUCCGCUCACCACCUGAUCACACUGUGAGCACCUACACGUCCCCUGGAAGGAUCAUAACAGACCAGCAGGGGGCCUCAGAGGAGUCCACAUUCUGGUUCCUGGCCUGCAGUGGAGCUCUUGUCGCCCAGCAUAGAGUCCUGGUGGUGGCUCAGUGUGUGGUAGACAAGAACAAGCAGCAGCACAUUCAGCCUGAACAUGUGAAGGUUGUCAUAGGCAAGCAAUACCAUACACCCAGGGAUGUGUUGAAAAGCCAGCACCACCUGAGGGUUUCAGAGAUAGUAGUCCAUCCAAAUUUUUUCUCCUCACCAGACUCUGAUGUGGCUGUGCUUAAGCUAAAAGACAAGGCCAAGAUCAGAGAGCGCGUGUUGCCUGUGUGUCUACCCAAAACGCAAGGAGGGGAGGUGACUGCGCAGGAGGCUUACACCGCGAGGUGGAUUUUACCAAGCAAUCCGAGGCACCUGGGCCACUCUGCAACCUUGAGCCUGACAAAACUUGUUGAGCUGACUGAUGUUACUCAUUGUGAAAGAGAAUUUGCUCAAGGAGGGGCACAUACCACAGCGAUCAGUGACAAUUCAUUGUGUGUCAUUAGCAAACCGUCCAGUCCUCAGAGCGCCUGCCCAAUUGUUAUUCCAGGCAUCACAACCAUGCCAGCUGUGUUUUCAUCCACAAGGGCUGUCUUGUCAGGUCACGAGGAUACUCACCGAGCCUCUAGUGCAGGCUGGCAGCUGCUUGGUUUAGAGAGAGCAACAUCUUUUGAGAAAAACAACUGCAACCAACCGAGUUACACAGUUCACACACAAAUUGCAAACUUUCAAGACUGGAUAGAGCAACAUGUGAAAUAGGUGCUUUUGGUACAAUCUUAUAAAAGGCAGAAUUUCAGCGAUGUUAAUAAUUAAAUCUGAGUUCUGUAUAUUUCAGUGCUGCUAAUUAUGCAAAACAAACUAAACUAAACUGGUUUUAAGCACCUAAUGCAUACCUACUUCCUAUACUACCAUGUGAUCGUUAGAACUCUAUUAUGUGUUUGCACCUGCAGCGAUCACUCCCAUAUAAAACACAUCCUCAUGCUUCUAAGAAUAAAUUGCUGUAAUAAAAAAGACAGACAACUGUUGACCUAUUUAUUCUCAAAACAUGGGUGGUUAUGUAAUUAUUGACAUCUAAAACAUUAGUUCCAAGCAGUUAUUGUUUUGUUUUUUUAGUAAAGCUAGUUGAUUUAUAAAGUAUAUUGUGUGAAACAUGUAACAUGCUUUUCUACAAUAUAAAUUGCACAAUAUGCAUUAAAAAUGUGUAUUUCUGCAUCAUUUAACUUUUUGCCAUUUCAAGUAAACUUUAAUUGUGUUAUAUUUACAAUCUAUUUACAACUAGGAAAUGAAUUGUGUUUAAAUAAUUGUAUCACACAAUUUGACACAAAAACCGUCUGCAAAGAACCUUGUGAGUACUUUUGACCAGCAUUUAAAUUGAAUCUCAUAUCUCAAAGCUCAUCCAGUGCUUUCUUGACUACUUUCACUUACUUUUCACAUUUGGCAGUCCUCCCAUCUUCAUCUGGUCCAGAACAUACCAAGUAGGCUGCUAACAAAAACUAACAUCACUGUCUUCCAGUGAAAUUCAAAAUUCAUUUUUAUUUUUCAUUAAUUACAAACAAAUAUACAGUAAACCUGCUGAGACCCAAUUCCACCUAUCAGCCUCUCUGAAUAUGGGUCUUUUAACUGUUCCAUGCUCUUAUUUUAUAACCAUUGGCCACCACAUUUUUAAGGUUGUAGCUGCAUCUGCACACAGAUUGAGCCUUCCUACCCUAUCAAGGUGGCUGAAUCUGUGUUUUGUUUGCUGAUAACUCUUUUUUUUCUAGGUUUUUCUUAAUCUUUCACCCAAUAUUCUUGGCUGUUUUUCACAUCUAAUGUGUGGAAGUGU